UGUUGUGUCAAGUUAUUUAGUUGUCACAUUUCGACGUAUUCUACUCUUUUGUACUAUUUAACUGAUAUUGUUUUGUGCUUCUCUAGUUCCUACACUCGUAUAUUUGUAUCCAGUUGUUAUUUAGAAUAAACUUAGUGCUUAUACAGUGGCAAGUUUUAAUAGUUGCUGGUGCAGUAUUUUUAUGCAAUUAUUGUUAACCACUUACCAGUAUUUGCACGCUUCCUAGAACAGCACAGAUGGAGAAAAGCAAAAACUUUGUAGACACAGAAUACUCUUCCGGUGAUUCUAAAAUGAUCAAAUCCAAACAGAAGUUCAGGGAAGAAAACAACAAUGAGGUUGAUGAGUUGACGAAGGAUUUCUCGGAGAUGGGUUGUAUCGUGAAUCCGGAUAAGCAGCCAUCUAACAUUUGUGUCGAGACAUGUGUUUAUCAGUCUUCCGGAGAUGAGGCUAAUGAGAAUGAAGCGGAUGGUUACUCGGAUGAAUUUGAGGAGGAUAAAAGUGAGGAAGAGUUGAAUUUGGAGCCAGUGUCUCCGAAGAGCAGUAAUAGUAAUGGGAAUGAGUUGGCGAUGAAGCUGGCUAAUAGCCGAUCCUCCAUGUCCAGUAAGCCGCCGGCUACGGUGUCUGGCCGAUCUACUAGUACUGGUUCACAAUUCGUCCCAACCACCCGUCGGGUGAACAUGUCGUUUUCCAACGACCGUCUCCGCGAGAUCGAGCGACACAACCACAUUCUACUAAACAAAAUAUUGACGGCUAGAAACAGGACUAAGUCUUCCAUACCGCCUAUUGAGCCGCCGAGGAGACCACUGCCCCCUGCGGCUGUGCAGCGGAAGCAGAUGCAGAAGAAAAUCGACCAUGAAAAUAUGAUUCUGCUGAAGAAGAUCCAACGCGCCAAGUCUUCUGCGCUGGGCGCGCGCCGUUGAUGGCGGCGCGGGCGCAGCGCGCCC